GCUCCGUUUGUCAGAUAACUGUACCGUUUCGUUCUAUCCGAUAACGAAAUGUUAGUGCCGGCCGAAUGACACCUGAUAAUCUAUCUUUGAUGGUCCGUCGGCUGUCCCCUCCGAAUACUCUUCUUCCUCGUCGCCUCAAUUCCCUUCCCUCGCCCGAUCACAACUCACCCUCGCAAUGGCUUCAAUUGCUCGAUCUCUGCGCGCCGCCGCUCCCGUCGCCCGGGCCCUUGCCCCCCGCGCCGCGCCUCUCGCCCGCGCCGCCUUCCGGCCCUUUUCCACCUCCAAGCUGAGCCUCGCCCGCCGGUACACAAAGGAGCACGAAUGGAUUGACUUGUCCGCCGACAACAAGACCGGCGUCAUGGGCAUCUCCUCGUACGCCGCCGAGCAGCUGGGCGACGUCGUCUACGUCGAGCUCCCGGAGGCCGGCGACUGGGUUGAGAAGGGCGACGCCGUCGGGGCCGUCGAGUCCGUCAAGAGCGCCAGCGACAUCAACGCCCCGAUCCGCCUCCGCGUCACCCACAGCAACGCCUCCCUCGAGGAGAAGCCCUCCACCAUCAACAACGUCCCCGAGGACGACAGCGCCGGCGGCGGCUGGAUCGCCAAGGUCGAGGUCGACGAGGUCGGUGCCAAGGAGUUUGAGGGGCUCAUGGAUGCCGACGCCUACAAGGCCUACUCCGAAGGCGAGGACCACUAAACGACUUGGAUCGGGUAAAACGGCGGACGCAUGAUUGAUGCCGAGGAUGCAGUCUUCAGGCCAUGACGGGAGCAAGCACAGUUCAACCUGGAGACGAAAUAGACGUAGAGUUGUACCAUA